CACAUAAAAAAUUUCUGGUGCGAGUGAUUGAGAAAGAAAAAAUGGCGACAACGUCCUCCUUCGUUACCUCCGUUUGCUCUGCUCGCUGCUUCCUCCUUCCUCGCCUGCAUGCUACUCAACUUCUUAAUACUAGGAAUUUUCCCUCGCCGGUGAAAGUUAAUUUCCCACUUGUGCAUCCCGUCGGCGCCAAAAUCAGGACAUGGAACUUCCGGUCUAUUUCCGCCGCAGUAGGGUCAGAGAGUUCAGAACCGAUAGCUGUUCCUCGUUCGGUACCUGUCCGUGUUGCGUACGAACUUCUUCAGGCGGGACACCGCUACCUGGAUGUCAGGACUCCUGAGGAGUUCGGUGGUGGUCAUGCUUCAGCGGCUAUAAAUAUUCCUUACAUGUUCAGAGCCGGAGCGGGGAUGACAAAAAACCCUAAUUUUUUGAAGGAAGUCUCAUCACAUUUUGGAAAGGACACUGAGAUCAUUGUUGGAUGCCAGAGUGGGAAAAGGUCACUUAUGGCUGCUACAGAACUUUUAUCUGAUUUUUUUGAAGGAAACUUACAACUCUGGCCAAUUUCACAUUUGCUCAGAAAAUUGGCUGUAGAAUGAAAUGGAAAUCCAGGGGAUUGAUAUGGGAUUGAAACUGGAUAUCAUCAAGGCACAACAAUAAACUGUUGCUUAUCCAAUGCACAGUUCCUUCAGUGGAAAUAGAGAAUGUAAUUCUUACUCUGCUCUUCCACGUUUAAAGAGCACAUAUAUCUUCCCUGACAAUCUGUGAGAGGAAGUAUGCCUACUUAUAGUACUGUCUUAUAGCUCUUUUCGAAUCCCUGUUAAAAAAGAGCAGUUGGACUUUUUGAAUACGUGGAUUUUCCCUUUCUCUUUGUUAUUCACUAGAUGCUAGAGAAAAAGAAGGUUUGCACAGAUUUUAUGCAAAGUUGCAUUCUAACUUGAAAGGUUUGUCAGGAUGAAGAUAUUCUAUGGGGAGAUGGGAUUCCACGUUUUUGAAUGCAAAAGGAGAAAAAAGACUUAGGCUUGUAACUUUGCUGUCAUUCUGCUCUUUAACUUGCUCUACUGUAAACGAUAAAAAAAAAAAAACUCUACUGUAAACAUUCUUUAGUUUUCCAUUUUCCUUGAUACCUGGACUGUGAAAUGUCUCAAGCGUUUGAUGUUCUAGAGAAGUAACUUCCAUUUUGUUUA